UUUAGAAGACAGUUUUGGGAAUGUUUUGAUAAAAUUAAGGUUUUAUGAUAUAUUUCGUAUUGCAUCACUUAGAACUUGUAAUACACUACUCUACGAUUCAAUAAGAAGUGCGAUACAGAAUAUUUCCCUAAUUGAUUAGAAGAGCGAAAACAACAAAACAGGCAAUAAUAAACUGUGGGUUUGUAAUAGCUGGAAAUAUAUUGCGACAGAAAAUAAUGCAGGAUAAAGAAUUAUUUCAGAGAUUUUCAGCAAUCAAAUAAUCAUGAAACUGAUAAUGACUUCAUGAUAUUAAGCAACUGCGUUUGUUUCAAUGCACAAUUAUAGGUAUGGAGGAUUAUUCGAAAGAAGAUUACAACAUUUCAAUAAAUCCUUGUGUGACACAGUUCAACGCAGUAAAUAUAUUCUGGCUGGUGCUAUAUUCCGUUCUUUUUAUUGUGGCUGUCGGCGGUAAUUUUCUAGUAUGUUGCGUUGUCCUGGGACAAGAGCGGAUGAGAACAGUGACCAACUACUUCCUGUUGAAUCUCGCGAUCGGGGAUAUAGCCAAAGGAUUUUUAUGUAUCCCGUUCACAUUCGUCAUAAAUGUGCUAGUACCGUACUGGCCGUUUGGGGAUUUCAUGUGUCCAUUCGUGCUGUACAUGCAGGCGGUCACCGUGUUUCUCAGUGCCUUCACCCUCGUGGCCAUGAGCAUUGACCGCUACGUGGCCAUCAUCCAUCCACUUCGACCAAAGAUGACCACCAGGAAGGCGCUUGUGACCAUAACCAUUGUAUGGGUACUGGCACUUGCUGUUCCUAUACCCACUGCUAUAAAAUCACAGAUCGUCCGGAACCCCUAUACAAACUCGACAGAGGACUGUCAGAAGGGUUUAUGCUUGGAAGAAAUUGGCGACCCGGUGCUACAGCAAAUGUACUCGACAGCAAUCAUGUGCAUACAGUACUUUGUACCUUUAGCCGUACUUAUUGUAACAUAUUCUCGCAUUGGAUACAUCAUCUGGAUCAAGCGAACUCCGGGGGAAGCGGAGAGACGAAGAGAUGAAAGAAUUGCGUCCUCAAAAAGAAAGAUGGUGAAGAUGAUGAUAGUGAUGGUGAUUACAUACGCGGUGUGUUGGCUUCCUCUACAUGUCAUCCAGUUAGUCGAGGAGGCCCUUUCCCAUUCGGACGCCCUCUACAGCUUCGAGCACUACCAGUUCAUCUGGACCUCCUUCCACUGGCUUGCCAUGUCCUACGCCUGCUACAACCCAAUCGUCUACUUCUGGAUGAACAAGCGUUUCAGGGCUGGAUUCAAGGGGAUGAUUUUCUUUUGCACACGGUGUAAGAAAGGUUACGGCAGAAGUGUGUGUCACGGCCGACGUACCAGAGCGCCACACAGAACAAACAGUGCUUCUAGUAGCAGGUAUAGCCCAAGAGCUAGUAUUGAUGAAACGAAAAUUGUUAAACUUUCAUACCUCCAAAGAGACAAUGGGGAUUUUAAUGACAUGUGAAUAUUGGCUGACCACGAAUUAUGUGCGGUAAAUGAUCGUGAUGACAUUUCAUAUAUCUUAAUAUCAUUGACCAUUCAAUUUACUUUUAAAGGGGACAAUUAUGUUAAGGAGUGUUGUUUUUUUCACGGGUACUAUUCAGAAACAGAUUUUAAUUAGUACAGUAAACGGAGGGACUAAGCACUAUAUUUAAGUGUAAAAGUGACAAAUUUGGGAGAUCGACUUGAAACGUUUUCUAUGUUUUAAAUGGAAAACUAUAUCACAGUAGACAUGGUGUUUGUAAAUAUUAAUAAAGGUGACGAUGACGCUUCUUCAUAUCCUUUGUGAGCAUUGAGGUGUGUGUUUUCAGAAAUAACAUCGUCGUUGUGUGUCAUAACUUCCUCCAAGUAAAUAAUCAAGUCAAGAAUACGCUGUAGUUAAUAGCAAAAAUAACAGUGUUGUCGACGUGCUUCUGUUCAAUAUUGUGAAGAUGUUAACAUGUGACAAGACGACACGAUAAGUACAAUUUGAUGUUGAUUUUGUUUUGCGUUACAAAAUAUAGAAUGUGAAUAUCGCCAUUGUAAACAGUUAUAUACUGUACAUUGUAAGGCGUGGGUUUUACUGCCUUUUGAGUGGUUUUAAGGACGAACGAGCUGAAUUGGUUACGAACCAAUAGUCGGGACACGUUGAUGUUAUUUACCGCUAACAUCUAUAGACACUGUUGUUACGAUUAGAUAGUUAUGAUAUGUAUGUAUUCGUGGGAAAUGUAUUUUCCCCAUGCUUGUCUAUACCACCAGUUUGAUAAUGUUAAUACCCGCGAACAAAAUUCCGCCUGAACCAAGUUAAUUUAAAGUCGCCCGCUGAUGACACGCGUCCAUAAAACUAUACAAAGUGCUCAAUAAAAGGUAAAUUAACCCUUUUUUACAUAUAAGGAAAACGACGCAUAAUAAAAUAGAGUUCUAGCAUUGAUCUAAUGUUCUCUACAUUCGUUUGUAUUUCCUAACAUAUUGGUAGAGGUAUACAGAGAACGUCUACGCUCUAAUAAAACAGUAUGUGAU